CCUCACCACUAAUCGAUUCUCGAAGUGAAGCACAACCCCCCCCACAAUCAGUAGCUUCCAUCGUGGGCUCUUUGUGCAGCAUGAUAGGAGAGGAACACAUGGAAGAUGAUAUGCAGCUCUUGUCGGUCGCCGAAGAUGAUCUCUCAACAGAUCCACAAUCCAAAUCAAUAGACGAACUCACCCGGCAAUGUCAAAACUUGAUAGAUGAGCUUAAAGAAUUCUCUAAAAAGGCUCAAGAAUGCUUGAGUAAACAGCAGAACAAACCAGAGGUCGGACCGUUCAAUAAAUCUCUGCAAUCCGAGCUGAAGUCGCUUGACAAGAUCCAACUUGACGAGACCAACAACACAUCGUUGCAUCAUGUCGCAUCUUCUAAUAUCCCCUAUUAUCUGGAAUUGUGGGAUGCGGCGAAACGCUCCCAUGGCAUCCUCAACAUUCGAAAAGGCCGCCAUGUGGACAUAGUCGCGGAAAAUGGCCUAUCCUGGGUCAAAGUCUCAACGUUUAACAACAAGCGAUUGCUUUACGAGCUCGCUAAAGAGGGAUGCGAGCGAUAUGGGCUGGAAGAUGACGACUCGGACGAUGAGCCGGUUGUAUGGGAAAAGCCUGGCGGAGAAAUCACCGAUCAAUCUUACGAUGCGCGAGAGGAAACGACCCUGAGCAGCGAAUUACCGGGUGUGUCCAUCUUGAAGACUGCUACCCAGAUUGCGAAAGACGCGCAGGAGGUCCGAGUGCGCGGAACACACCCACGACUCACCUUCGUCCUCCCACGGAUCUACCGAAAUGCAGACGCGUCCGUUGAUGCGGUGCUAUCGAAUAUUCAAGGCAUUUCGUCUCGCCUCAAGGUGACUGUACUAACAGGAACCGAACUCCGCACGUACAGCCACGUCAGCCGACAUCCUCCUCUUGAUAUCGCCCUGGAGUACAUGCUCCCAACCCCUCUGAUCUCGACUGAGUUGACGGACGCCGUGAACAUCGACUGCUCCGUCCUCCUGGCCAUGGUAUCCGACAUCUCCCAUUUAGGUAAGGAAGAGUUCCGCGACACCUCCAGCGUCAACAAGCAGAUCCGGCAGCAGAUCCAGGUGGAGGAGAAGCAGCAGCUGAUGGAGGCGAUCCUGUGGCCCUUGAUGGUGGGCGACGACGGUGCGGCGCGAAGGCUGAUGUGCACGGCGGAAGCGGCGCAGAAGUUCGUGCAGAUCGUUGAGACGAUGGGUACGGACGGCGAGCGGGAACGAGCGGCGAUCCUGAUGGGCCAACGGCCGGGUGGGAACGGCGUGAAGGAUUUUCAGGCACUCUCGCGAUUGACCGUCCCCACGAACUGGCGGUUGCCCGUCGAGAUCAUGCCCGCCGAUCACGGGGCUUCGUUGCUCGAUGUGCUGAAGACGAAGCAUCCGCGGAUCGUCGAGGCGCUCGAGACCCGGCUGACGGACAUCAAUCGAUCCGUGUUCAUCCACGGAUGGGCAUCCGGGCUCACCACCUUGACGUCGAACCGGGGAUCGGUUCGGAUCAUCGAGGACGUGCUGGAGCGGGCGCUGACCAAAGAGUCGCGGUGCAAACCGGACGACCCGGUUCGCGAUGCGGAGGAUCCGGUGAUCGGCAAGCUGACGCAACCGAGGAUCCGACUGCUCACCACCGCGAGGAGUCUGCUAGCGAAAGAAAAGACGAGGAGAGACGCAGAGGUGGUUGAAUAAACUGUAUAUAAAAUU